UUUCCCACAGCUGGGUUUCCCAAAAGGGAGGGGAGGGCGGGGUGCCGCUGGGUUUAAGGCCAGCAAGGGAGACGCGGCAGCAGGCAGACCAGCGGAGGGGCCGGAGGAGAGAGGGACACAUCUCCAACCCAGACACAAGAGUCAUGGACCCCUUGGCCUGGCGCCUCCUCGCCCUGGUCCCCGUCUUCCUCAGCCUGGUGGCCUCCCUGGACUGGCAGACGGCCCACAUCUAUGACCCCUUCGAGAAAUGCAUGCACGACCCUGACUACGAGCAGCUGCUCAAAGUUGUGACCUUGGGCCUCAAUCGAACCUUGAAGCCCCGGAGGGUGGUUGUGGUUGGUGCGGGCGUGGCCGGGUUGGUGGCCGCCAAGGUGCUCAGCGAUGCUGGACACAAGGUCACCAUCCUGGAGGCAGACAAUAGGAUUGGGGGCCGCAUCCUCACCUACCGCGACCGGAAGACAGGCUGGAUUGGGGAGCUGGGGGCCAUGCGCAUGCCCAGCUCGCACAGGAUCCUCCACGAGCUCUGCAAGAGCCUGGGCCUCAACCUGACCAAAUUCACCCAGUACGACGAGAACACGUGGACAGAGGUGAACGAGGUGAAGCUGCGUAACUACGUGGUGGAGAAAAUGCCCGAGAAGCUAGGCUACAAGCUGAACCCCAAAGAGAAGGGCCGCUCGCCCGAAGAAAUCUACCAGAUGGCUCUCAACAGGGCCAUCAAAGAUCUCCGGACACUGGGCUGCAAGAAGGCAAUGAUGAAGUUUGAAAGGCACACACUCCUGGAAUACCUCCUCGGGGAGGGGAACCUGAGCCAGCCGGCCGUGCGGCUCCUGGGAGAUGUGAUGUCCAAGGACGGCUUCUUCUAUCUCAGCUUCGCCGAGGCCCUGCGGGCCCACAGCUGCCUCAGCGACCGGCUCCGGUACAGCCGCAUCGUGGGCGGCUGGGACCUGCUGCCGCGCGCGCUGCUGAGCUCGCUGUCGGGGCCGGUGCUGCUGCACGCGCCCGUCGUGGCGAUUAAGCAGGGCACGCACGAGGUGAGGGUGCACAUCAAGUCCUCGCGCCGGACUCGGAACCUGAAGUCCAUGACGGCCGACGUGGUGCUGCUGACUGUGAGCGGGCCGGCGCUGCAGCGCAUCACCUUCACGCCGCCGCUGACGCGCAAGCGGCAGGAGGCGGUACGCGGGCUGCACUAUGUGCCGGCCACCAAGGUGUUCCUGAGCUUCCGCCGGCCCUUCUGGCACGACGAACACAUCGAGGGCGGCCACUCGAGCACCGACCGCCCGUCGCGGGUGAUCUUUUACCCGGCGCCGGGCGACGGCGCGCUGCUGCUCGCCUCGUACACGUGGUCGGACGCGGCGGCCCCGUUCGCCGGCCGGAGCCUGAGAGAAUCGCUGCGCUUGGCGCUCGACGACGUCGCGGCGCUGCACGGGCCCAUCGCGUACCGACUCUGGGACGGCACCGGUAUCGUCAAGCGCUGGGCGGAGGACCCGCACAGCCAGGGCGGCUUCGUGGUGCAGCCGCCGACACUCUUUCAAACCGGCAAGGACGAGGGGCGGGAGUACGACUGGUCGGUGCCCUAUGGCCGCAUCUACUUUGCCGGCGAGCACACGGCCUAUCCGCACGGCUGGGUGGAGACGGCCGUCAAGUCGGCUCUGCGGGCCGCGGUCUUGAUCAACAGUCGGAUCUCCGGCUCUGGCUCUAGCAGCCGCCAGGAGCCCCGGAUCAUCAACAAGAUGGGGCAUGGGCACCUGGCGCCCGCCCACCACCGCCACCACCACCACCAGUGCCCCUUCGAAAGUGGGCAGGGCACCCACUCUCCAGCCUUACACGCGGUAACCGCCGCGCACUCGACCUCAAAGAAGAGCCAAUAUUAAAGUACUUUUGGAAUCA